CAAUUUUCACUUCCCUUAUUUACCCUUUGGAUGGGCCCUAUCUCUGCCAAAGCCAGCUAGAUCAACAGGGCCAGCAACUGCUUAUAUUAAUAUUAAACUCUUGACCAAGUGUCGAGCUUUUAUUAAAUGCUCUUCCCUCCCUUUCCCUUCUAAAAUCUCUAUCUGCUCCUUUUCUUGUUUAUCUUUGUUAUGGCCGAGGUUUUAGACGACGGUGAGUUUUGGCUUCCGCCCCAGUUUUUAACUGACGAUGACUUUUUCGUCGAUGGAGUUAAGGCUACGAACAACACCAAGAAUCUUAAGGACGGUGAAUCUUUGUUUCCCUACGAGUUUCCUGGCGGGUUUAGAUCUUUCGGGUUUUCUUCGGAUCUAAGUUCUCCCGUUGAAUCCGUUCUGGGUUCUACAGAAACGGAGAGUGAUGAAGAAGACUACCUCGCUGGGUUAACUCGUCAAAUGGCUCACUCCACUCUCGAGGACGAUUCCCGCCGAACCGACGCCUCUGGAAAUCCAAAGGGAUUUGUUCUUUCUAGUUCACCGCAAUCCACCCUAUGUGCGUUACCGAGCGGUUGUGGUUGCAAGGAAGGGUCUAGCCGGGGAAGCCCAAACUGUCAAUCUCGAGUUUCUUCGCCUCCGGCAACGUGGGACCUGCUGUAUGCGGCGGCCGGGGAAAUAGAAAGGCUGCGAAUGAACGAAGAAACUUAUGGAGGAUUCAGCAACGGAGGCCUUUUCGGUCCACCAGCUAGAAAACACUGUUUGAACCUCGACGCUUCUGGCUUUUAUCCUCAACAGUCACUUUCUCAUUAUAAGCUGCGGACCACUCAUUUUCAGCAGCUAGUGAAACAGCAAAACUCGUUGGCGUGGGGAGGAUUCGAGCAGCAGCAGCAUAACCAUGUGGUCCAAAACAGAGGAUGCUAUGGUAAUGGGGCUUUGGGGUUGUCCCCAUCUGCAUGGCCCCCUCUGCAACAACAGCCACCAAACGGAUCAGGUAUGAGGGCUGUUUUCUUGGGCAAUCCAAAUGCGAAAAGUCAAUGUUCUGGAACUGGGGUUUUCUUUCCUCGGCGUUUUGGAAACUCUUCUGUACCCCGUAAGAAACCAGCUUGUCCUGCUGUUUUGGUUCCUGCUCGAGUGGCUCAGGCAUUGAAUUUGAAUCUCGAUGAGGUCGGAGCCCAACCCCAGCUUCACCAUCCUCGGCUUCGAAGUGGUGGGAAUCUCGUCGGAAAGCAAAGGCAGCGAAAUCUCAGGCCACAACAAGAAAUCAGUCACGAAAUUCUGUUACCCCAGGAGUGGACUUACUGACGACUUAUUGCAUGCAAUGUUUUACUAAUUAAUCUGUCGGUUGGGUAGAAAUUUUAAGGUUAGAAAAAGAAUCAAGGGUAACAAGUUUGUUAGUUUGCUAUAGGAAAAGUAGUAAUACAGUGUUGUAUAGGUGUUAUAAGAAGGAAAAUGUUGGUUUAUUAAGUUGGGAAUUAAGGUUUUUUGAGUUAGGGUUUAGGUUGAAAAAAAUAAAAGGAAUUUGUAGUUUCAGUGAUGGAUACCACACAGCCAACAGCUUUUGUUCGGUUUGGUAAGGCUACUAGGGAAGAACAGCAUUAAGUUAUGGGGUUAUUUUACCAUUGUAAUUCCUUGUGUUUUGAGUCAAUAAAAAGUUAUGGAUUUUGCUGCAAAA